CUGAUCUGCCCGAGCCCAGCUGGAAAGACAGCCCUUGCCUGCUGCUUCACCAAAGCUAAGACCGGGGACCACGUCCCACCACCUGCCCAGCAUCCAUCCAUGGAGGUGAACUACAUGUCCCCACUUCCUACACCACCCACGCUGACCACCGAUGGAGACGAUCCGUGCAGGAUAGAGGUCACCGACAUGGCCAUAGACACUGUCACGGUGCUCAUCUGCCUCUGUGGGCUGGUGGGGAACGGGGCUGUCCUCUGGCUCCUCGGCUUCCGCAUCCGCAGAAACCCCAUCACCGUCUACAUCCUCAACCUGGCCGUUGCCGACUUCACCUUCCUCCUCUUCAUGGUCGCCUCAGCCCUCAUCUACAUGAUGCGUAACGUCUCCUGCUCCGCUGUUGUGUCUAUGAUGUACCUGAGGUCGCUUUUCCUGCUCUCGCUGUUCUCCUACAACAUGGGCCUGUACCUCCUGACGGCCAUCAGCAUCGAGAGGUGCGUGUCCAUCCUCUGCUCCAGCAUCCGCCGCCUCCAGCACCUGUCGGCCGUCGUGUGCCCCCUGCUCUGGGCCCUCUCCAUCAUUGUCAUUGCUGCAGUGACUUCUCUGUGCCUGUUGCACGAGCACGAGCACUGUCGGAUGGCUCUCAUCUCCAUGUACGUCCUCAACUUCCUCAUCUUUGCCCCACUCAUGGUCAUUUCCAGCACAAUCCUCUUCAUUAAGGUCCAGUGUGGCUCCCAGCAGCACCAACCCAGGAGGCUCUACAUCGUUAUCUUCCUCACCGUCCUCUUCUUCCUCCUCUUCGCUCUUCCCCUGAGCAUCUGGAAUUUCCUGCAGCAGUUCAGCUACACCGUCGUGCCCUCCCAGGUUGUUUUCCUGCUCGCCUGCAUCAACAGCAGCAUCAACCCCUUCAUCUACUUCUUGGUGGGGAGCAGCCGGAGGCGCUGCUCCUUGGUGUCCCUCCAGGUCGCCUUCCGGAGGGUCUUUGAGGAGCCAGAAGACAACACGGCAUGCAGCAAUGAUACUACAAUGGACACGCUGGCGCCAGCCUGUUGAAGCCUUUCCACCGCUCUGCUUAAGGCCCCCGGGACAGUGGCUGAGGGUUUCCUUGAGUAACCAGAUUAAUAAACGUCUGCAGUAUUUCCCCCGAUGUCACCUUCUCACGGUGUAAUUCUGCCCCCUGCAGAAGAGGAGAGCAGGGGCAUCGCCAAGGUCGAUGUGAGCAAUGCUCUGCGGGGAGCACGUUGGAGCACGGCAUUCCUCCUCCCUGCCAGCCCACCCCCGUUCCUAGGGCACUAUUCCCCCAAGGGGAACGUCCCCCAGAGGACCGUGUUCCCAUCUCGCACGCUGUCGGCUUUUCAGGAUGAGCAUUGCCUUUGGGAAACUCUGACUCAUGUACAGAGUGGAGGUAAAACCCAUUUGGUGUCCUAAGCCCCUCUCCCCGUUCCGCGUCCCAGCCUGCGCAGCCUCUCUGAGCUCUGCUCCCCUCCCACCUCCUGCAAGGCUGGCGGGGGAGGACCA